AUGUUCCAAAUUACUAAUACCACCCAAGACCCUAUCUUCUUUAUUCUCACUGGCUUCCCCGGAUUUGAGGCCUCUCACGUCUGGAUCUCCAUUCCCUUCUGCUGUUUCUAUACCAUCUCUAUCAUGGGCAACAUUACCAUCCUGGGUGUCAUUCAUGCAGAGCCAUCCCUCCACCAACCCAUGUACCUAUUUCUCUCCAUGUUAGCUUUGACUGACCUGGGUCUUACCCUCACCACCCUGCCCACAGUCAUGCAGCUCCUCUGGUUCAAUGUCCAGGAAAUAAGCUUUGAAGCCUGUUUUGCACAGAUAUUUUUCAUUCAUACAUUUUCUUUCAUGGAAUCAUCUGUCCUGCUGGCCAUGUCCUAUGACCGCUAUAUGGCCAUCUGUCGCCCUCUCCAUUAUGCAUCUGUCCUCACCAAUGAAACAAUUGGCAAAAUUGGGCUAGCUAUCCUCUGCCGAUGUAUUCUGGCUGUUCUUCCCUCCCUUUUCCUACUCAAACGCCUACCCUUCUGCCGUUCCCACCUUCUCUCUCAUUCCUAUUGUCUCCACCAGGAUAUGAUUCGCCUGGUUUGUGCUGACAUCCGACUCAAUAGCUGGUAUGGUUUUGCUCUGGUGUUGCUCAUUAUUGUGUUGGACCCAGUGCUCAUUGUGCUAUCUUAUGCAAUGAUUCUAAAAAGUGUACUGAGUGUUACCUCUAUGGUUGAGAGACUCCGUGCCUUCAAUAAUUGUCUGUCUCACAUCCUUGCUGUUCUGGUCCUCUAUAUCCCCAUGGUUGGCGUAUCAAUGACUCACCGCUUUGCUAAGCAUACGUCUCCAUUGGUUCAUGUUAUCAUGGCCAAUAUCUAUCUUUUAGCACCUCCUGUGAUGAACCCUAUCAUUUACAGCGUUAAAACCAAGCAAAUUCGCCAGGGAAUUAUCCGUUUCCUUUCCCACAGAAACAGACAUUAA